AUGUAUCCGUUCCGGCGGCUCGCCCUUCUCCUCGUCGCCGUCGUCUUGCUCGGCCCCGGCGGCGCCGCCCAUGGGGUUUACAUCCCCUACAACACGUCGGUGGGAGUGGUGAAGGGGAAGCUGAACGUGCACGUGGUUCCCCACACGCACGACGACGUUGGCUGGCUCAAGACAGUGGACCAGUACUACGUCGGAUCCAAUAACUCCAUCCAGGCUGCGUGCGUGCAGAACGUGCUGGAUUCGCUGGUGCCAGCGCUGCUCAAGGACGAGAACCGCAAGUUCAUCUACGUCGAGCAGGCGUUUUUCCAGAGAUGGUGGAGGCAGCAGAGCAACAGUACCAAGGAUACCGUGAAGGGGCUGGUCAGCUCUGGAAGGCUGGAAUUCAUAAAUGGGGGCAUGUGCAUGCAUGAUGAGGCCACUGUACACUACGUCGACAUGAUAGAUCAGACUACACUGGGCCACAGGUUCAUCAAGGAGGAGUUCGGCCAGAUUCCAAGGAUUGGCUGGCAGAUCGAUCCAUUUGGUCACUCUGCGGUCCAGGCUUAUCUCCUCGGUGCACAAGUCGGGUUCGAUGCUUUGUAUUUUUCCCGGAUUGAUUACCAAGAUCGAGAGGUAAGGAAGGGAACAAAAAAACUGGAAGUUGUCUGGAGGAGUUCCAAGACCUUCGGGUCGUCCGCUGAUAUCUUUUCUGGUAUUUUCCCAAUAAACUAUGAACCACCACCUGGUGAGUUCUAUUUUGAAGUUGAUGAUGAAUCCCCCCUUGUCCAGGAUGACCCCCAGCUCUUUGAUUACAAUGUUGAACGAAGGGUGAAUGAUUUUGUUGCUGCAGCAUUGGCACAGGCAAACAUCACAAGGACAAACCAUAUCAUGUUUACAAUGGGUACAGACUUCAAAUAUCAAUAUGCUGAAAGUUGGUUCAGACAGAUGGACAAAUUAAUUCACUAUGUGAAUAAGGAUGGCCGUGUCAAUGCUUUGUAUUCCACACCUUCCAUUUACACUGAUGCAAAAUUUGCUGCAAAUGUGGCAUGGCCUCUCAAGACAGAUGAUUUUUUCCCCGUAUGUUAUAUUCUAUAUGCAGAUAAACCCAAUUCAUACUGGACAGGUUACUUCACAAGCAGACCUGCCUUAAAACGAUAUGUCCGCUUGAUGAGCGGAUAUUACUUGGCAGCUAGGCAGCUGGAAUUUUUCAAAGGGAGAAGCAACUCAGGUGUCACAACCGAUAGUUUAGCUGAUGCUCUAGCUCUUGCUCAGCAUCACGAUGCUGUUACAGGAACAGAGAAGCAACAUGUUGCAAAUGAUUAUGCAAAGAGAUUAUCAAUUGGAUAUCAGAAAGCCGAGGAGCUUGUCUCGAGUUCUCUUGCUUGUUUGAGUGAGUCCGGCUCAAAAUCUCUUUGUUCGUCCAAAACAAAGAACUUUGGACAGUGUCCUCUCCUAAACAUUACAUACUGCCCCCCUUCCGAGAUGAACUUCUCUCAGGGUAGAAGCCUCGUUGUUCUUGUAUACAACUCUCUUGGAUGGAAGCGAGAGGAUGUCCUUCGCAUACCAGUUAUGAGUGACUCAGUUGUUGUUCAUGAUUCUGAGGGAAGAGUAAUUGAAUCGCAACUUCUGCCCAUAGCUAAUUCCUCAUUGAACAUACGGGACAAAUAUACAAAGGCUUACUUGGGUACAUUGCCUGCUGCAAAACCAAAAUUUUGGCUUGCUUUCCCUGCUUCUGUACCACCACUUGGUUUCAACACUUAUUUUGUUUCGAGUGGGAAGAGAUCAGAAUCUGUCUCUUCGACGUCCACUCUUUACUUCCAGGGAAAUAAAAGUAGCAAUUUUCAAGUUGGGCAAGGGCAUUUGAAACUUCAAUACAAUGCAGCUGGGGCAUUAUCUGUGUAUUCAGAUAGCAAGACUAGGGUUGAAGCAAAUUUCGAGCAGAAGUACAAGUAUUACAUAGGAGAUGAUGGAAGUGGAGGUGACACACAGAAUUCUGGAGCAUACAUAUUUCGCCCUAAAGAUACCGUUCCUAUCAAGACUGGUGUUCAGGUUCCUCUCACAAUUCUGCGUGGGCCCAUACUGGAUGAAGUUCAUCAGCAGAUCAAUUCAUGGAUAUAUCAGAUCACUAGAGUUUACAAGGGAAAGGACUAUGUGGAAACCGAAUUCAUAAUUGGACCAAUACCAGUAGACGAUGGAAAUGGAAAGGAACUAGCAACUGAAAUAGUUACAAACAUGGCAACAAACAGAACAUUUUAUACCGAUUCCAGUGGUCGUGACUUCAUCAAAAGGGUACGAGAUUAUCGCUCGGACUGGAAGCUCGAAGUGCACCAACCUGUUGCUGGAAACUAUUAUCCUGUUAAUCUUGGCAUUUAUGUGGAAGAUGGUGGAAAGGAGUUGUCCAUACUUGUAGACAGGUCUGUUGGAGGUUCCAGCAUAAAGGAUGGGCAGAUAGAGCUAAUGCUGCACAGGAGGCUAGUCUAUGAUGACGGCCGUGGUGUUGCCGAAGCAUUAGAUGAACCUGUCUGUGUCAAUGAUCAAUGCGAAGGACUAGUUAUUCAAGGAAAAUACUAUAUGAAAUUUGACCCACGGGGAGAAGGAGCUAGGUGGCGUCGUACAUUCGGCCAGGAAAUAUACUCCCCUCUUCUCGUUGCUUUCUCAGAGCAGGAUGGAGGCGAUUGGGUGAGCUCGCAUGUUCCCAAAUUCUCGGCAAUGGAUCCGACUUACAGCUUACCUGAUAAUGUUGCAUUGAUUACCCUUGAGGAGCUUGAAGAUGCAAGUGUGCUGCUUCGGUUGGCUCACCUAUAUGAGGCUGGAGAACAUAAGGAUCUUUCUGCUCUGUCGAGCGUCGACCUCAGAAGAGUAUUCCGAGAUAGAAAGAUUGGCAAGAUCAUCGAAACAAACCUAUCAGCAAACCAAGAACGCGCUGCCAUGGAGAAGAAGAGGCUGAAAUGGAAGGUGGAAGGGCCUCUCCCCGACCAAAAUGUGGUCCAUGGAGGGCCUGUGGAUCCUUCCAAGCUCAUCGUCCAGCUCGGGCCCAUGGAGAUCCGCACGUUCAUUAUAAGCUUCAACCAUCGGUGAACUAAGGUCUGAGCUUCUGCAAGAAGACAGUCCCUUACUCUAAUGUUGUAAUGUUUUUUUUUUAUGUGCCGCUGUUGUAAUGUUAUUAUGUUAACCCUGAUUAGUGUCAACUGGU